CUGCGGCAGCAUGGCUUGGUCGGCAAAACACGAGCGAUACCGGNNGCGGGGGAAGUCGACCCAAGGCCGUGCUUGCUGCUUCUGACCGGCUUGCCAGGCCGAACAGCAUUUCACAUCUACNUACGCGUGUCAUAUAUCGCCGCCUCGGUCAUGAUGGAGUCUCUCCGUUCCUCUAUUGAGAGUUCGCAACCUCCGAGCAAGCGCCAGAAAAGAAAGACCAUCGCACCUUCGAACACAAAGUGUGAUGGCGAGAAGCCUUGCAAGAAUUGUUUGCAAUCAGACAAGGCUUGCGAAUAUCCAACACGAGAUAGAAAAGUCACUGUGAAUGAAAGUUACAUACAGCAACUGCUUGCCGAGAACGAGCGCCUCAAGCAGAGUGUAAACGACGAUACAAGCCAUGAGGAUACAACAGAGGUCACCAAUGGGGAUGACGAGAGAAGAGGAGACAAUCCUCUCAUUGAAAAAGAGGCAUGGUUCAUGCCAUAUGAUCCUAGUCCUAUUUACAUAGGCGAGGCUGCUUGUACAGGCUUCUCAACACGAGUUCGGCAGCUUCUGGUGAGUGUCGAGGCCGAGAACCAUAUCCCGAGAACUUCUUUUAUCAAGGAUGCCCAGUUGGAUGCUGCUCUGAAUACGACUGCGCAAUGGCCAAGCAGACCUCAGGCUUUUCUGUUGAUCAAUACUGCUCUUAACACAAUCGGCAAGUGUUACCACUUGUCUCCCGCUUCUGCGGUGCGGACCACGCUCGACCGCGCUUACCAAGACUUGCGAUCUCUUGAUCAGCUGGCAGUUUGCAAACUGUUCGUCCUCUUCGCGCUAGGAGAGGCAUACUCUAUCAGGUCACCAUUAGACAACACGGGAUUGCUACCUGGACUUCACUACUUUGCAAGAGCCAAAACCAUCCUUCGAGUCAUUCCGGAACGACCAAAAAUCGACCACAUUGAGAUUCUCGUCAUGUUUGCUUUGUACAACUCGGUCAUGAACAGACGACAUAGCGCUUUCCGUUAUAUCGGAUCCGCGAUUAGACUGGGUCUGACGAUAGGACUGUAUCAGAAUAUGGCAGAACGACAAUUGCCGGACAAGGUCGCCAGACAACGUAGAGUUCGUCUUUGGUGGACAAUGUAUGUUCUGGACAGAAUGAUGAGCUCCAAAGUCGGCUAUCCGACACUCCUGAAGGACGAGGAUGUUGAGGUAGACCUUCCGACCGAUGAAGGCUUGACGGAAGCACAAAAAGAUGACUUCAUAGAUGCCGACUACCUGACUGCUAGUAUCAGUCUAGCCCGCAUCGCUGGCGGUAUCAUUGGCAGUCUUUACAGUCGAAGGAAGCUUCCUGACACUUUCUCGCAGCGAGUGCAAGCUGUUUUCCGUAAACUUCGAGAUUGGGUCGAGGCCUUACCACCGAGUAUGCAACUACGACAGGAAGAUGCAUCGAGCCAGGUUGCACGACACAUUGUCAUGCUACAUCUAUCAUUCAACCAGUGUGUUAUACUAGCCACUCGGCCUAUACUGCUCCAUGUCUUCAGAAUCUCGAACAAGAUUGGAGGUGCUACAGAAGAGAUCUCUCAAGCAACUCUGGCAUUGGCAUCGACGUGCACUCACUCAGCAUCCCACAGCUAUCGCUUGCUGAUGCGGAGUUGGGUCAAUGGCUCUUUCUUCACCCUUGACUAUCUAUCUGCCCAGUAUCUGUUUGCUUCAGCCACCGUCCUGGCGAUAUCGAGUCUCUCUCCCGACAGCCAUGCAAAGUCGCAUCAGAACGACCUGGAAUCAGCCACUCAUCUCUUACGUCAACUGAGCAUGCUAGGCAAUCUGGCAGCUUCCGAAUUCUGCACACAUCUAGAUGCUGUGCUGAGAUCUACUGUCACGUUCAAGGCCUCGCGAGGUGAAUCUAGCGAAGCCUCGACUAUGGUGCAGGCCAGUCCCGCUGCUAGUCGUCCUGAUACCGUUACCACUGAGAUGGCGCUUUUUGGUCCUCUAGUGGGAGACUUUUUGACGCAGACGGAUACUGAGCUUGGUGUACCUUUGCUUCUUGAUGACAGUGCUCUGGAUUGGAGCGCGUGGGCUGGAGUUUUGGCUGAUCAGGAACCAACCNCCGGACAUAUCAAUAUUGGACUUUGA